AUUGUUGUUGUUCUUGCGGCCAAUGACCUUUGUCCCAGAGCUUCUUGGGCAAAGUUCAUUUUUGAAAAGUUGAGCUAGCGUACAGACCUAGAUCUAGAGCCAGUCUUUUCAAAGAUGGACAAGAGUAAAGAAGAAAAGAAGAGCUUGGUGCAGAGGGCUUUGAAACAGUACAUUGUGCUGGUGAGAAGAAACCCUAUCGUCACAAAGGCAAUAACAAGUGGAUUGGUGUCGGCACUUGGGAACAUCUUGUCCCAGAAGAUCAUAAGCCAUCGGGCUGGGAAACCAGCUCCCAUUGAAUGGCUGGCUGUAGUCAGGUAUUCCGCUGUGGGAACCUUUGUGACAGCACCCCUUGCCCACUACUUUCACCGCUGGCUGGAGAGGACCAUCCCACCAGACAAGGAGUACGCUGCAGUGAAGCGCCUCCUAGCAGAUCGGCUGCUCUUUGCACCUCCCCUGAUUUUCCUGUUCUUCCUUGUCAUGAACACCUUGGAGGGACAGAACCUUACUGUGUUUAAGAUGAAGAUGAAAGAAGCCUACUGGACCACACUGAAGAUGAACUGGAAGGUGUGGACUGUCUUCAUGUUCAUCAAUAUCAACUACGUACCUGUGCAGUACCGUGUCCUGUUUGUGAGCAUGGUGGCGCUUCUGUGGCAGACCAUCCUCGCUUCCAUCAGAAAAUAGACGCAGGGAGGAUAACUGUACCACUGGAAGGACUAGCCUCCUUCACAGACUUGUGUCAUGACAGCGUUCAUAUCUUCUGGGAGUUAUGCCACGGAGGGAGUCUUGCCCUGGAGGGUGUUUUGCUGCAAAAUAUUCCCUCCACAGCAUAAGUCACGUAGCUUCCCCCAAAACUUAUCUCCGCCAUCACACAAAUCUGUGAAGGAGGCUACAGAAUUAGAAGGACAUGCUUCACAUGUCCUCCAAGAUUUUUACAUACAUGUACUAGUAUUCCUCUGUCGUCAGCUACAAUGUAUAUCAAUUUUACUGUUUUGUUGGUUGUUUAAACCACAGAAAAUGAGAAAGAGGGAGGAAGAUUUGAGAAAAAUGCUCUGGCAAUCAGAAACAAUGAUACCUAAAUUUGUGAUGUAAUCAGGAAUUAUAUUUCUACUGGUAAUUUGAGCAAAUUGUAUUAUGUACAAGACUAAAAAGACAAAAAUGGUGACAUCCUUUAGUUAGUGUUUUUCCAUUAACUACAAUUUUAAUCUUCUAUUGGGUGUUGUUUUGAUAUAUGAGUACACUAUGGAAUCAGUUGCAGGUAACAAAUGACAAAGUGCCUUACAAGAGACGAAAGUACUAUUUACUAUGCUUUGUAAAUUGUAAUUUUUUAUCAAUACUGGCAUAUCUAGGUGGAAGGCUUUGUACUGAGAAAAAAAUGUGUAUAAUCAUGAGCUAAACACAUAUCAGAAUGCAUUAUGAUCAAGUUGAAGCAAUGUAGGCUCUGUAGAUAUUACAACACUUAUUACAGUAUGGCUGUGUUAAUCUUUGCUACACUUAUCCCUUCUUGAGAUUAUAGUGUGAUUUUAUUUCAUAUUUUUAUAUUUCAAUAGAAUGGUAUAUUAACAAGUAAUUAUGCAGACAUGCAUGCUUAAUGGAAAAAUGAAUGGGAGUAAAGAAGGAAGGAUUAAUUAUAACAUCAGGAUCAACAAUGAACAAAAAAUAUAGCUUCUUGAAUUUUAAAAGCAGUAGUGAAUC